UUCUGCUUCUCUUCAAUCACAGUUGCUGCACUUUGAUUUUGAUCGGCAACAAUGGCUAGUAGCAAGUUCUCAUUGGCCUUCUUCUUCGUCAUCUUCUUCUUAGUUUUAUGCUUCUUACCGGCAUCGGUGUUCGGUGGUCGCGCUGCACCGGCGGUCCGGUUCACGGUACAAGGGCGAGUAUUCUGUGAUACCUGUCGUGCCGGGUUUGAGACCCCCGCUACCACCUACAUCGAAGGUGCUAAGGUUAAAGUUGAAUGCAAAGCCGGUGAUAAAAUAUGCAGCUAUGAUGGCGUCACCGACAAUAGCGGCACUUUCAACAUCCUCGUCGAAGAUGAGCAUGAACACGAGAUCUGCGAAGCCAUGUUAGUAAGCAGCCCCGACACGGAAUGCAAAACAGAGGUCCCUGGCCGGGAGAAGUCUCGCAUCGUCCUCUCCCACAACAACGGUAUUUCAUCCGACACCAGGUUCGCCAAUGCCUUGGGUUUCCAGAAGGACACUCCCCUUGCAUUCUGUUCUGAGCUUAUGAAGAUUUAUAGCCAAGAUGAUUAAAUUGCAGUAGUUGGAUUAUAAUUUUCUGAGCAUGUGCUAUGUUUUCUCUCUUCUUGUGUUGGUGGUGUUAACAUUGUUUGGUCUCUUGGCCAUCUUUGGUGGCUAAUACUUCUAUAUUAUGACAUUAGUAGCUCAUGUAGUACUUUCAACUUGAAAGGACAUGAUGGUUUUACGAGGUUUUCAAAUAAUGUAAUGCUAUUGUUGGGCCAUGAUUUCUUCCUGCAUAUAUUAUAUGCAAGCUCAUGUUACUUCAGACAUUUGAGUCAUGUGAUGCUUUGAUAAUUAUUCUUUUAAUGGCA